AAACCCUUCUCUUGGCUACCUUGUAGUCUGCAUUAUGACGGCCUUGGGAGCGAAGAUUGCUUACCGGGCACUUAGCGGAUGGUCAGUCAGGAUUCUUGAUGCCCUGGGAGCGUCCACUGAGAGCACGUCCAAUUGGACAGGCGAGCUUCUUCAUGUCUGACUGGGAAGGCUUGGUUUCUGCGUUCCACCAACAGACCUGGGCGCCAUUCUCAGAGUAGAUGGAAACUGGAAACCACACGAGUGUGACAGAGUUCAUUAUUUUGGGGUUAACAGAGGAUCGUACAGUCGGCGCCACUUUGUUUAUUGUGUUUCUGGGAAUCUACGUUGUCACCUUACUGGGCAAUGGCACUAUAAUCCUGCUGAUCAGAAGCAGCCCUCAGCUUCACACCCCGAUGUACCUUUUCCUCAGCCACUUGGCCUUUGUAGACAUUGGCUACUCCUCAUCGGUCUCACCUGUCAUGCUCAGGGGCCUCCUUGGGGAAGGCAGCUCUCUCCGUGUGGCUGGUUGUGCUGCUCAGCUCUGUUCUGUGGUCACAUUUGGGACGACGGAGAGCUUCCUGUUGGCUGCCAUGGCCUACGACCGGUACGUGGCCAUCUGCUCGCCCCUGCUCUACUCCACCCACAUGUCCUCCAGAGUCUGCAUUCUGUUGGUGGCGACGUCCUAUGUAGGGGGCUCUCUGAAUGCCUGGAUAUUUACUGGCUGUGUGCUAGGUCUGUCCUUCUGUGGACCCAAUAAAGUCAACCACUUUUUCUGUGAUUAUGCACCGCUUUUGAAGCUUUCUUGUUCUCGUGAUUUUACUUCUGAAACACUCCCAGCUGCCUCUUCUGGCUCCAUCAUUGCGGUCACAGUGGCUGUCAUAGCCACUUCCUACAUCUACAUCCUCAUCACCAUCCUGAAGAUGCCCUCCACUGAAGGAAGACACAAGGCCUUCUCCACCUGCACCUCCCACCUCACCACGGUCACUCUGUUCUAUGGGACCAUCACCUUCAUUUACGUGAUGCCCACGUCCAGCUUCUCCACUGACCAGAACAAGGUGGUGUCUGUGUUCUACACGGUGGUGGUCCCCAUGCUGAACCCCCUCAUCUACAGCCUCCGGAACAAGGAGGUUAAAGAGGCAAUGAGAAAAUUAAUGGCUAGAAGACAUUGGUUCUAAAGUGCUAAUGUAAUCUGAGUUUUAAUAAAAAAGACUGUCUAAUGAAGACUUCUCCUGCGG